CCUGCAUGUUCGUAGGAUUGGAUGAUGAGAUUUUUCCUCAUGAAGACAUCUCAAGUUACAAAUUUGAUUGGCAAGUUUUCAUUGCAGUUGAACAUCCACAGAAAAUAUGACUGGACGACUACACCGAGCGAGGGUGCUGGUUAGUAGGAGCAGAUACUCAACUCAGCCCACUCGGUUCAACUAUCUCCCAGACGAAUACUCUCAACAAGAACCAACCGAAACACAACUGGUCAUCAACCAAUUCUCAUCAUCAUCGACCAUCAAACUGCUCACCACCAACGAGCUAGCCAAGUUCAACCAUCCUCCCAGACCAUCCAUCUCCCUGGCCAGAGACUUCAUCCACGACAGUCUCUACAACCCAAACUAUGGCUACUUCUUCAAUCAGGUCGAGAUCCUAGACAGACCCGAAACCCCCACGGCUAACUUCGAGCUGGACCUGUAUGCCGAAUACUUCGACCCUGCCUCGGGCAAGCAAAACAACCAACUCCUGCUCCGUCGCCAUCUUGCUUCAGAGUCAGAAGACCAACCAUCCUCACCCGCAGAUCAACGUCAGAUUUGGCAUACUCCAACCGAAUUAUUCAAGCCAUGGUACGCUUGGAGUAUGGCCCAUUAUAUCGUAGAGAAACAUCUCGAGAAGAGAGAUCAGCUUCAGGAGGAAGGCAAGGAGCUCAAGAUCUAUGAGAUCGGUGCGGGCAAUGGGACGUUAUGUGUCGGGAUACUAGACUACAUCAAGGAACAUCAUCCGAACUUAUACGAGAAGACCAGGUACACGACGAUCGAAUUAUCCAGACGCCUGGCGGAUCGCCAACGGGAGAAGAUCGAUCGAUCGGGCCACCAGGGGCGUGCCCGGGUUAUCAACCGCUCGAUCCUCGGCCUCACAAGCUCACCCGAACUCGAACCUUCCCAUGAACCAUGCUGGGUACUCGGCAUGGAGGUGCUCGAUAAUCUGGCCAGAGACGUGAUCAGAAGAGAUAGGGUCACCGGCACGCCACUUCAGUCCAUCGUCAUCACCGACCAACUCGGCGACUUCCACGAACGCUUCAUCCCUAUCACCACUCAGAAUAAUCCGAACCUAUUGGAGUAUCUCGACAUCUUCGAUCAACAACAAACAAAAACCACUCAACUAUCGCUCUUCUUCGAGAAACUCUGGGCUAAAUAUCUCCCCUUCAGAUCUAACCUCACCCAGCAUCAAUUCAUCCCGACUAACUACCUCAUCCUCCUCCAAUCCAUCUUCAAUUUCUUCCCCAACCAUCGUCUCAUCCUCUCCGAUUUCUCCCAUCUUCCGAAUACCCUCAACGAUCCCCGUUCGAACCGAUUCGGCGCGCCAGUGGUCCAGACUCGAUACAAUGGAGUCACCGUUCCGACCUCUACUUUCUUAGUCAAACCAGGGAUGUUUGAUAUCUUUUUCCCGACCGAUUUCGAGGAACUGAUCCACCUCUAUACCCAUCUGCUCAACACCGAUCAUCAACAAGAAGCAGAUUCCUCGACUCAUAGGCUGGCCAAGAAAGUGGUCGGAUUGGAUGAGCAGACUCAGUUCCUCGUCAAGAUCCUCGCAAGUCCCUCUUUCCGUGACAAGAUGAGCAAUAUCAAUCGGCGUGGCCAUGCAAACGUGCCCGAUCUCGACCAGAUCUCCGCGUAUUAUCAUAACGUCAAGGUCCUCACUAUCACUUGAAACUUCUCCUUCUCCCACCCCUUUUUUUUGAGCUCCUCUGAGUUCGGAUUGGAUCUUCGCUUCAUCUUUGCCAUAUUUUCCUUU